UGGGAAUGUUUUGACUAGAAAAGUGAGAAAUAGCGUCGCUAGUUGAAUAUUUUACUGUAAUUUUAUGUUAAUUGUAAACUGCGCUGCGUAUUCGUGCAGAAUUUUGUGUUUAUCCGCUGCAUAAAGUGUUUCACAGUUGUAACUGUUUCGUCGUAACUUUUCUGGUGAGUCAGCAGCAGUCAUAGAUAACAGAAGAACCACUCCCUUUGGAGGUGACCACAGGUCCGGAUUAACCAAAAACACUGAUAAGAUGUGGAAAUCGACGGCCGGCCGCGACAUCGACGCGGGUAUCGCGCCCGAAGGCGAUGACGAUUGGGAGACCGAUCCGGACUUUGUGAACGACGUCAACGAGCAGGAGCAGCGAUGGGGCUCAAAAACGGUGGCCGGAUCGGGCCGAAGUGCAGCCUCCAUCGAUAUGCAGCAGCUGCGGGAGGAAACGGAGCGGGCCGACGCGGAGAAGAAGCAAAAGGAUGGUCCCAAAUCGUCACACGGGUACGGGGGCAAGUUCGGGGUCGAGAAGGACCGUAUUGACAAAUGUGCCGCCACCUGGGAGCACAAGGAAAAGCUCGAGAAGCACGCCUCGCAGAAGGAUUACUCGACCGGAUUUGGGGGCAAGUUUGGCGUGCAGAGCGAUCGGGUGGACAAAUCCGCGGUCGGAUGGGAUCACGUCGAGAAGGUGGACAAGCACGAGUCGCAGAAGGAUUAUUCGGCCGGGUUCGGGGGAAAGUUUGGAGUGCAGAGCGAUCGCGUGGAUAAGUCUGCGGUUGGGUGGGAUCAUCUGGAGGCGCCCCAGAAGCACGAGAGUCAGCUGGAUCACAAAGUUGGCUUCGGUGGCAAGUUUGGCGUGCAAACCGAUCGCAAGGACAAGUCCGCCCUCGGCUGGGACUACCACGAGAAGGCGCAGAUGCACGAGAGCCAGCUCGACCACAAGAUUGGCUUCGGUGGCAAGUUUGGCGUCCAGAGUGACCGCAUGGACAAGUCGGCCGUCGGCUUCCAGGAGCAGGACAAAAUCGGCACCAACUACACGAAGGUGAAGCCCGACAUCGGGACGGCUAAGCCGUCCAACAUUCGGGCCCGGUUCGAGAACUUUGCCGUGGCGGCCGAGGAGGAAACGCGCAAGCGGGCUGACGAGCAGAAGCGACUGCGCGAGGAAAAGGACAAGAAGGACCGGGAGGAGGCGGCCAAGAGAGUGAACGCUACCAACGAAGCAACGACAGAGCCCAAAAAGCCGGAACGGAAAGGGCCAAUCAACACGGGUCGCGAACUGGGCGUCGGCAGUACCAUCAGCAACUUCAACAAGCAGCCCCAGUCGCCAACGGAAGCACCUCGCAAGGAGCCAAUUCUGCUGCCCAAGGAAACGGUUCCACGAGCCCCCGUUGUGGCGCCCCAACCGGAUGUCAUUCCAACGAACGUGGUUGUUGCGGAGCAACCAAAUGAACCGGAACCGGAACCAGAGCCAAUUCAAGUCCCAACGGCUAGAAGUCAACCCGUUCCGGAACCGGAACCAGUCGUGGAAGAAGUAGUACAGCAGAAGCAAGCAGUCGUGGAGCCAGAACCGGUUGUCGAACCGGAACCGGAACCAGCUGUGGUUGCCGCACCUGCCGCAGCAGAACCCGAAGAACCGGAAGAGUUCAUCCUGUCGGCGGACAAUCCGGGCGUUCAGGCGAUCGCCCUGUACGACUAUCAGGCCGCCGCCGAUGACGAAAUUUCGUUCGAUCCGGACGAUCGAAUCACGCACAUCGAAAUGAUCGACGAGGGUUGGUGGAGAGGUCUGUGCAACAACCAGUACGGCCUGUUCCCAGCCAAUUACGUGCAGUUGAUCCAGUAGACGAGGUAAGCGGCAUCCCCUGGUGCUAUCCGGAAGUACGCAAAAAAAAAAGCUCAAAGCAUUCGGUAGCGCUUGUUUACGAAUUUCGCCUUUUGUUCCAAAAUAUCAAAUCGACAUAUUUAAUUUAAACAUCAUACAGUUGAAGAUUAAGCAGCAUUACUCAUAAUUUGAACGCAACACGAGGAGUACUAACAUUCCUUCCUGAUAUUUUUGUGGCAUUUUUUUCUUUUUAUUCAAAUGACUAUUUUUUAAAGGAUUUUAUUUACUACCGACUACUUGCUAAAAACAUCCCAGAUUUGCACUCUUUAGCUCAACUCCCAAGAGUUAGUACAACUCAAAGUAUAUCUCUAGUUAAGAAAAUUCUCUAUUAUCUUCCUCUACCCCGUAAGGAAGCUCUAGCAUGUUUAGUGGAAGUAAAAAAAUAUAUUUAAACUAAAAAGUUCCAUGAAGGCACUAGCUAGACCGCAGAAAGUUCGAACAAAUCGCCAAGUCAAGCAAUUAUACCCCUCUCGAGUAGUGUAGAUUGUUCGACAUUGAAUAAUUGUACUAACUUAA